AUGUUUUACGAUGACGUGCCGCCGUGGCUCGUGUCGCUACGUCUCAAACAGACAAAUCGCCAUUUUUGCAGUGGGAGCCUCAUUUCACACUAUUUCAUAAUCUCCGUGGCUGAAUGCGUUGCGGCGAUUGUUGCGGAUCAUCAAUUACCUGCCGAUAUUAUGGCGAUUGUGGGCACGGAAAAUCUAUUUAUCGGCGGCGGUGGAUACGAUAUUAAUGAUGUGUUUAUACAUCCGGAAUUUUAUGGACACGAGCAACGAGAUAACAGCAAUUUGGCGUUAUUUCAAGCACGGGCACCAAUACUUUUCACUGCAGGUGUGCAUCCCAUCGCGCUAGAAAGUGAUUGCACAUCGGAUUACGAGGAAUUAGUGAUGCUCGGAUGGGGAUUUCUCGCCAAAAAUGGAUUUUCGUGGAAAUUCGGAGUCAUUAGAAGACCUCUUAUUACGUUACAACGCGAAAUUUGUGCCUUACAUACUUCUCAAGGAAUUACGGGACGCCAAUUGUGUACGUAUUUCACAUCGAUCGCAACAUCAAAAUGCAUCGAGACACCAGGAAACGCUAUUGUAGGCCUUAAAUCAUCACACCUCGUCGCAAUCUCAUCAAAAACCGAUUCAUGCAACAUUAGAUACCCGGCCACAAAUACUCGCAUUGCCGCGCACAUUGGAUGGAUUUCAAAAAUAAUCAGAAUUAACGAACCACAAAUUGUGAAUAUGACGCAAACUUCGACGCUCGUCGCAAAAACUCCCAAAUAA